GGAGGUGUACACGGCCAAGCUACGCGGGGUCUCACUGGUCGAAUUUUGACCGAUCUUGUGACUGUUUCUGAACCUCGCUCUUACCGCAGACUUAGACUCACAUUGAUAUGGGGGCUGAAGGAGAGCGGAGGGGGAGCGAGAUAUCCCGUGGAGAGCGGCAGGCAAUCCGUGCUUUAGGACAGUGUGCCGUGAAGAAAACGCAGCGCACAGUGGAAGAAAAUGGGAAAUAACACUGCGGACUAGACGGAAAACCAAAACAAUACCUUAACCAAACAAUAAAAACAGAAAAAAAGGAACAAAGAAAAAAGAAAUAGAAAACAGUAGGGGCUUGACUGGAAAGAAUAUAAAAACUGACGGAAAAAAAAAUAAACACAGGUGAAAUAAACUAGAAAAAUGGUUCCCUUCAGUUGGAAAGGUCUGCCGUGUCUGCUCCUCCUCCUGCUGGUGUUGUCCUGCUUCCUGCUGGCUGAGGGAGCAGGCCAUGAGGAGGACGAGAGGCAGGAAACUCAGCAGGAAGGAGGAGCAGGGAGGAGGAGGGUAGGAAGGAGAGGAAGAGAUCAGAAUAAUGACGAAAAUGAAAUCCUGCGACGGCGAGGAAAGAAGAAAGGAGGAGGACGGCGAAGAGUGACAGCUGCAGAGGUGAGGGAGGUGGUGAACGCCGCCUUGGAACAGCAGCUGCAGCCCCUUCACACCGCCCUCAACCUAGUGCGUCUCGACACCUUUACUGAGCACGUGCAUAGACAGCUGUCCACCUUGGAGCACAUCCAGGGAAAGCUACUGACGGAGUAUGGGGAGCUUAAGGCGGCCGUUGGGGAAGUUGGGAAGAAUACUCUGGAUAUUGUGAAGCAGAUGGCAGCACUGGAGGCUCGCGUCACAACUCUAGACCGCCAUGCCCCGCCGAGACACCCGCAAGAGAACCUGGUUCCUCUCCCCCCCUUUAGGUCAAGGCUGGACUCAGAGGACUACCCACAAGCCCCUGUGAGUUCUGACAUGAGCCAGGUGACCCAGGCAGUCCGCGAGGCAGUGACCUCCAUCAAUAACCGCUUACAGGCCACGGAGAGACGCUUCAAGGAGGACCUGGCCACCUUGGAGAACCGCACCACGCAGGCCAUGAGGAACACGCACAUAGACCUUGACCGCCGCCUCGCUACUGCUGGUCAUGAUAGCGUCCUUAUUCUCAACACGCUUGAUCAGCUGGCCAACAAGACUUGCUCCGGGGUAACGAGCAGCGCGGGGAGGCGUAUCUCUGCUUCCUCCACGCCUCGGUCCAGGCAGCAGAGGACCUACAUGACGGGAACCAAGGAAAGGGCCACUCAGGAUGAACUGGCGUACUUCCCUGCAGAAAAUGGCGGGGUGAAGGAGCCGUCUGAGGGGCGCGGCGAGGGGAGGCGGGGCGUGAGUGAGCCGGGCGCCUGGCAGACUCGAGGAGCGCAGGGCCGGCCUAUCACUGAAGUCCAGACGCUUAACCUUGGAAUGGUGACUCGCCUCGCUUCGGAAAUCGCGCGCCAGAUGACGGAGGAAGAUGCAGUCAACACGCAGCCCCGCGAUUGUGCUGCCGUGGCUGCUGCAGGAGAGAGAACCAGUGGAGUGUAUACCAUCUACCCCGCCUCCUGCACCGCCCGCUUCUCUGUACAGGUGUGGUGUGAGCUGGAGGAAGGAGGCCCCUCGUGGACGGUGAUUCAAAGACGCGGUUCCAAGACUUCGGAAACGCCUCAUCCCGUCGUGGACUUCUUCAGGAGCUGGGCUGAGUACAAGUGGGGCUUUGGUAACCUGGAGGGCGAGUACUGGCUAGGUCUCGAGUACAUCCACCAGCUGACGCAAUCUGGGGAUUACGAGAUGCGGGUUGACCUCCAAGACUGGGCCAAUGAGACACGCUGGGCCAAAUACGAGCACUUCUCUCUGUCCAACGAGGAGCAUAACUACACACUCUCCCUUGGCGACUAUGAGGGCACGGCAGGUAACUCGCUGAGGUACCACCAGGGGGCUCCAUUCAGCACGCGAGACCGAGACAACGACUUCAACCCACGAGGACACUGCGCCAGAACCUUCCACGGGGCCUGGUGGUUCACUGCUUGCCAUGAGUCACACCUGAACGGCCGCUACCACCACGGCCGCCACAAGAGCUACGGUGACGGGAUCAACUGGAUGGCUUUCCGUGGGCACAACUACUCCCUCAAAUACUCCAGAAUGAUGAUCAGGAGGACCAACAUCUAAAACAAGCAGGAAAGGAGGAAAAAAUGAAGGGAAUUGAAAGGAUGCAAAGUAAGAUGCUUCAAAAUGUUCUGUUUAAUGUUUGGUUUGGUUUGUAGGGGUUGGUACUUCAGAUGAGAAGGUUGAAGAGGUGAAGGAGUUGUAGUAGGAGAUAGUGGUAGUGGUGGUAGUGAUGGUGAUGGUAGUAAUAUUGAAGAAGAAAUUUGCAACAAUUUAAUGUGUGUUUAGUAAAGUAUUUUAUGAUUUGUUUACUAAUUCACUGGAAAGAACAUUAUGAAUAGAUGAUUAAAAGUAUAAUAGAGAAAAUAUAAGUUACUGUAAAAAUCAAUAUGAAGAGAAAAAAAAAACGAAGAAAAAAAAAUAAUAACAAGGUACAUGACAAAAGGUAAGCUUGAGUUACAGGAUAAUUGAGUCUUGUGUACUUUCCCUAAGCUUUAUGUAGGCAGAGUGACCUGUGUACUCACAUAUCACUCCCCAGGCAACUGUGUACGUGCGGCCGUGUAGGAUAACCAUUUCCAUGUGUAAAUUACCCUGUAUGUAUGUACGUAAUAACACGUGUACACAUAGACCACCUGUAAGCCGUAGAUAAUUAGAUACAAACCUGGAGACUGUGACCCUGAGGAGAUAGCAUUACCCACUUAGCCAUCAGGUCAAAUCAUGUUAAUUAAUUAGAGCCUGCGCAGGUGUGUUGCACUGGGGACACCUGAGAUGAAUAAGAUAGAUAAAAGACAAAUUAUUAAAAGUAGAUUGAGAAACAAGUAGAUAAGCAAGAUGUAGACAAGGAAAGGCUUCCAUCACCUUAAUCUCCCGCGGUAGACAGCUAUGGUCGGCACGCAGGUGUGGAAGUGGCGCGGGGAGACGAUUAUCUAACUCACCUGUGUGGUUAAUGGCCCCAGGCUGCGAUAAUUACGGCUAUACAGGCAGGCAGCCCCUCAGCCCCCGCCUUGCCCGCAUCCCGCCGCACCGUAAGAGUAGAGCACACCAUCCCGACACAUCCCGGCAAAUUGCACCGCCAAUGAAGUUACCCAAACGGCGCAAACUCGAGAAGACCAUGCCGUUCCCUCGCCGGUAAUCAACAUUAGAGUUUUGCCGUAACUAUCAUUCAGAAGCCAAGUUCGCGGAUAUGCCACCAGGGGGCCGCGCGUGUCGCCCCCUUGCGGAUCCAGCAAAAAUUAUCGUAAAAAACCGACGGAUAAACUUUACACGAACACCAGAGAGAGGAAAAUUAGUGUGAGUUUCAUCUGUGAAGCGAGCAGUGCCGCCCCUACAGGGAGAGAUUAGUUGCAAGGCGUUCCUGUGUAAUAAAGCAGUUAUCCCUCAGAGAAAAUGGAGUGUAUGUUCGCGUGGAUGAUAGAACAUGAGGCUGGGAGGUUGAAAUGGACGCGAGAGACGAACUGUGUGUAGGGUGAAAAUGGAUUAGAGGAGCAGAGAGAGAGAGAGAGAGAGAGGAGAGAGAGAGAAUGUGCGGGUGAGGGAAAGGUAAUGAACAGGGCAAGCAGGAGGGGAGGAAUGCGACUGAAACAUGUGGAAGGUGCGCAAGAUUGUAAACGGAGAGGGAUAUGGAGAAGAACUUCGCCACGGUAGAGGGAGAGAACACAAGGACGCUGAGUGAUUCCAAACUAACGAAAGGGAAGAGAAACACAAGAGAGGAAAAUAUAUGACUGUUUUGUGGGCUUUUGUUUGAAAGUGAGGCAGACAGUCGACAUUUUGAUAACUAAUUAACCGUGAAGCGACACAUUUAUUGAAUUCCAAAGCUUUACAGAGAGAGAGAGAGAGAGAGAGAGAGAGAGAGAGAGAGAGAGAGAGAAAGUAAACACGAUAUAUACAUAAUUACAAAUCUGAGAGGGAAAAAUAGACUAGAGAGCAAACGAGACACUAGAAAAAUGUUCUCUAAGAUGUAAAAAAACACCCAAUAUUGGAUCCAGAACGCAGGGGUGAAAAUAGCACGGAAUACGCGGGAAAUUCAACCUUACGUGCAUUCUGUCAUUUGCAUUGAUGUUUGUGUUGGAAAGUGAAGAGUGAAUGAAUAAUCUUUGCUUUCUUUAACAACUGAGGCGUAAAUGUCGGGAUUUUUACUUUAUUUUUUUUAUUUUUUAUGAGUGAGGACAUUUUUCAGUAUAAAGUGACCAUAAUAUUUCAGUGCAGAGGAAACGAGAGAGUGGAGAAUUAUUAGUGUAUUUUUUUUCUAUUUUUUUUUUCCAAGUUUACAUUAUCUGUCUCUGCCUCUGUCUAUGCCACUGCUUCUGUCUGUUUUUGUCUAUUUUAUUUUUAGUUUGAUUUUUUGUUGUUGUUUUUUUUUGUAGCAUUCAUAUCUGUCUUUGUGUUUUUCCUUUUGCUGUGUUUCUUUGAUCAUUCCUCUUUCUUCAGGUAUAAAUAAGCUCUCAUUUGUCUCUAUAUUCUGUCUAGUUUUCAUUGAUUUUAUUUUCUCAUGUAUUCUCUAUUUUUCUCUUUCUUGCUUAUUUUUUUCUUAACUUUUCUUUCUUUUUUUAUCCUCUUUCUCCUUAUUUCUUUCAUGUCUUUAUUCAUCUUAUUUUUUUUUGCAUUCCUGUAUACUUUCAUCUUUCUCUAGCUUAAUUUUUUCCUAACUUCCCUUCCUUUUAAUUGAACCAUUCCUGCACCUCAGUUCUUUCUUCACUUACCUACAAACUCACCUGUCAUCGUAUUUUCUUCUGUAUUCCUGUCUAGCUUAAUUAUUUCCUAACAUCCCAUCCUUUUAAUUGGACCAUUCUUGCACCUCAGUUCGCUCUUCACUCAUCUACAAACUCCGCUCACCUUUUCACAUAUCCAAGCGGCCACCAUAUCCUCGGCUCUCCUAUCACGUGAGUCUUGCCGCUAUCUACCAGGCCCUUGCUCCACCUCUCAGGAGAUGCUAGCCGGCUGUACAAAGCUUCUCUCUACGCUUACCUUACCUAUAGACACACACUCGUCUUGCGUAGUGGUCACAUAUCGUCGUAGUUUAAAACCGGGUUGACUUACAGUUGAUUCUAGAGGUUAUUAUAUAUAUAUAGUGUACGUAGGUGGGUCUCGAUUACCCUAGUGAAUGGGAAUCCUUUUAGCAAGAUGUAUUAUAAGGAUCAGUGUCCCGUGUGAUGACAAGGAGGCAGCCAUGUGGGUUACGCGACGGUCCUUGAGGCGAGGGUGAAAUAAUCAAUAGUCAGCCUUAUCGUGUCCUUAGGUAGAGGUGAUAUUGGAGACUCCCGAGUAACCCGCUGUUGUCCGUGUACUGUUUAUCAAGCCUGUACCGUUGUGCGUUGUCCGUCACUGUCUGUUUGUUUGUUUUAUUCUGCCUUGUGUUUGUUUGGGCGCUGGUGCCGAGUUGUGCUCGUGUUGUGAGGUGCAGAGGGCUGGCAACGCUGCAGUGUGUGUGUGUGUGUGUGUGUGUGUGUGUGGAGGCGCGAACGCUAGACAGGCGGCGACAAAAUACUCAUCGAAUACUGUAAGCGGACACGAUAUGUUAUUUUUGCCCGACAGAAAUAAUUUAUCACUAUAUUUCUUCCCUCCCCCCCAACCCUACCCCCACGUUAGGUUGUUCCGGACGUGUUACGGACGCGUGUCGGUCUCGGUCUGUUCCCGAAGUGACCUGUACUACUGUACAUAUGAGUUGACUCCAAUAGCGAGCCUUUCUUCCGUUUCUUUAUAGCAAAUAUUCGUUUAUCAUUCGUUAUGUUUCCGUGCGAGAAUCCGAUUUGUAAAUAUAUUGAGUGUGUUUAUUUUUAAGACUUUACGAUGCAGCCUUGGGUGAGUCACGAGUAGAUGAAUUGAGAUAUUGUAGUGUAGAGAAACCUAUAUAAAGAAACGUCCUGCUCUCUCACCAUCACUGGUUUCCAAAGGCUCUAGUUGAAGAUACUCGUGUUUUUAACGGUAUUAUUACUGUUCUGGUGAUGGAUUGGUAAGAUUUCUAGUUUGUCAUCAGGAGAAAGUGUCUUGAAAACCCUGCUAGUCAUCUCUAUGGCCUUGAGAAACUCGUGGUGAGAAAGCAAGACUGUAUGUCACUGUAGGGAAGAGAGCAAGGAGAACAGGGAGAUGUAGUAAUUAUAACUGUAACACCUGUACAGCAAAGGUGAGGCGAGUAACAGGAUACACAGGUAAGCGAUGACUAUAACCUUGUAUUGCUUUAUUUACACCAUUCAUUCCUGACCCAAGAUACCUGUAAGUGGUCAGGUGAGGGCAGGUGUUCUGAUUAAUGGGUUACCUUGGUGCACCUGUACUGAGCCUCAAGUGUGUGUGUAUGUGUGUGUGUGUGUGUGUGUGUGUGUGUGUGUGUGUGUGUGUGUGUGUGUGUGUGUGUGUGUGUGUGCUUGAGUUAAGAUUUAUCAUGUACACACGCACCCACACACACGCGCAUACAGAGAGAGAGAGAGAGAGAGAGAGAGAGAGAGAGAGAGAUGAGAAGUGACACAAGGCAGCCAUGGAACCUAAUUGAAAAGUUUCGUAGCGCGCAUAUUGAAAAGAGUCCAAUUCUCAUCUUAUUUGCGGAGCUUCAGAGAGAGAGAGAGAGAGAGAGAGAGAGAGAGAGAGAGAAUCGAGGAGGGUCAGUGAGUAAGAGGAGGAGGAGGCUUUGUCACUUGAGGGCUGGGAGGACGUACAAUAACUGCCUCUCUACGCCCCCUUUUAACCUCGGUAUGUCAAACUCUUAAGCUCUUGUCUGCUAAGCUUUAAGUUCUUCCUUCUAAGAGACACACACACGCAGCGUUUAUGUGUAUGAGCAUGUGUGGCUGCGCUUGUCUCGCUGGUUGAUCUGGAAGGAGGUUUAGUUUCAUCGCUAGGUUUAUCGGUAUUAAUGCCAUGCGGGGUGAGAUUGUGUCAGAAGAAGGUCGUUGCUUGACUUUUCUCUUUUUUUUUUUGUGUUGGUAAAAGUGUCAUUGCGAAGAUAGAUGUAAUGGUUGUCAGUGAGAGAUGAGUGCGUUGUGUUGACUCGGCCAUAACGAAUACACGAACGCAUCUGGUUAUAACGAAUGCAAACAGUUGGAUAUCACAAUUCUCAGCGAUUCGUAAUGUCAACAAAAAUAAGUCUUGGUGAUUUGUGUGCAAGUGUCGUGGCGCCGUUUUUCAUUCCUUCAUUGAUAGUAAAGUGAUUCAAGCAACAACGGCGGGUAUUAAGAUUAUUUUUCCUAUUAUUACUAUGAUUUAUUUUAUUACCCGUCUAGUGAUAAUAGAACGAUAGUGCGAUUUGCCCAACAAUGACGACUGUUAUGAUUAUUUUCCUUAUCACUACUUCUCUCUAUUUUAUCGGUCUUCUAGUGAUAAUAAUGCAAUUUAACCAACAUUUAUUGCCCACAACGCCACACUUUUAUUGCCAUCAUCGUUAUUUUUAUCACCAACCCAAACAGCGCACGGAAUUUCAUUAGUGUUUUCAUCUCGAGCGAGGUCAAGGCUCUGUGACCUCAACCUGACCUUGCCCUGACCUAAUCUCACUCCUCCCUCAGAUGCAGAUAAACCUUUACUGCUUAUUUUUUAUGUGAUAUUAAUUUUAAGCCCCCGUGAAAACCCCUUUAUGUUUGACGUGAAUUUAGUGUUGCUAUGCGUGCGUAAGUAAAUAAAUGUGAAGGUAAUUGA